UCUAUAAAUAUGGAGUUUGACGAGCUUUAGUCCUCAGGUUCUACAGUUGACUGUAAACAUGGCUCAAUAUAUACUUCUCAUGGUGUGGGUUCUCCUGGGUUCUCUAUCCAUAUCCCUGGUUCAAGCUUACUCCCUAGGAAAACUGGAUCGAUUGCACAGUUUUGUGACGGGUAAAGGUGAAUCACCGUACACUCGUCAAACCGGAAACAGUUUCGGAGGAGAGAAAUAUAAACGGAACCCAUUCACUACCACACUAAGGCCCACUGUGAUCAAGUUUGUGAAGAACUCUGCUGGUGUUUGGGUUCCAACUAUGUCUUCAGAAUUUGAUGGACAUCUCAACACAAAAAUGGAAGAAAAAAUAUUUAAAUAUUCAUUAGAGCAAAGUAUGGAAAAGGUUCUAGAAGAGGAGGUUGGGAAAUCUUUAACCAAAUUUGUAGAUGAAGAUUUAGAAAAUAUUCUUCGAAAUAAUCUAGAAUCUGGAUUUGGAAUUGGAACUCAAAACACUAUGAAACCGGAGAUGCUAGAAAAUACUGGCAAACCACAGGCACAUACAAUUCACUCGAAACCUGUCAAAAAACGUCCACAGAUCAAACGAAAUCGUCCUCUGAAUAGAGAUAUUAACAAAGAAAAAAGAAGAUGGAAAUCAGAACCUGAAAAGGCUCUUGGAAACACUGCUCUCAGAGAUCGGAGUGAUCUCUUAAAAACUUCAGAACCUGCUCCGAAAAUAUCUGUUCCAAAAAUACCUAAUCAUGGUUCUAAUCAGCAUCCCCGUCCUGAGAACCUUCAACCUUUUUCUUCUGCAGAAAGGGGCGAAUUUGAAGAAAUUCUGGGACCCACCAGAUCCUCUUUAACCGUUCCUAAUUCUCAGUUUCCAAGCCUCUUUGAUAGCUUUUCUGUAAAGCUAAACAUUGAUGAUGCUUUAAAAUCUCCAGACUGGGUUAAUUGA